AAUACUUGUACUGCCACAUUAACACUAAGAAAAUCCGCGUACCUAGCGUCAUAACCCUAGAUGCUAGUUUUGCGGGAUUGCCGCUCAACCAGUGAUGUUCGAUUAUCUUGAAACCGAACAUAAAGCAGCUUGAAGGAUUAUACCAACAACCGCAUAGAUCGGCUAUAGCAGGAAUGGUGGAAUGAUGUCCACUGCCUGGGUUAAUGAUCGACAGGAACUCAAAUAUUCAUAGUUCAGGUACUAGAAUCGUAUUAUGCUAACUAUUUUCUCCUCCUCCAUCUUUUGAUCAAAACUUCAAGAUACUUGGAGUGUGUGUUAUAGUGCAGCAUGUCGAAACAUUGCUUGUCAUGAGUCUGACUUAUUUUAUUUCGUUGUACAUCCUAAAGUCUCUCAAUACCAAUAGCCGUCUAUAUUAGACACCAUGCACUUAAUCAAAGGCUUUCUGUUAGGAUUCUUCACCAUUUAUCUUAUACUUAUAGCAGUUCUACGAUCACUAAGCUGGAAAGACCCUACUUCGAUGUUUUUUCAACCGACACGCGCACACGUUCCGACCUACUCGGCGUAUCGAAUGCAGCAAGCUGUUCAACAUGCGAAACUUGCUUCGUCAUUAACGGGGGCUAAGCUUCGAGUCAAUAGCCAUAAUUCCCCAGACUUGUGUAUCGGUAUCCCGUCGGUGCGAAGAGAGGGUGUUUCUUACCUUAAGUUGGCCCUCGGGUCACUGCAACAGGGGCUGAGCUUCGAUGAACGAAUGAGCUUGCGAUUUGUUGUUCUUCUUGCGCAUAUAAAUCAGACGGAUCAUCCCGAUUAUGGCCAGCCGUGGCUCACUGGCAUGGCUGACGAAAUUGUCUCGUAUCAGGACGAUGAAAAUCGACUGAGACUGGCUGAAAAGAUGGAGACCCAAAAUCAUGCAGUCAAAUCAAAGUUUGACUAUUCGAUUGUGAUGGAGGAAUGCGCGAAGACGGAAGCACCUUACAUCUUGAUGAUUGAAGACGAUGUGGUAUUUUUGGACGGCUGGCGACAUCGGACGAUAGCAGCUUUGAAAACUGCGACGGCCAAGUCUUGGGAAGUAGGACAAGCACAUUUUCUAUAUCUCCGUCUAUUUUAUUAUGAAGGCCUUUUAGGCUGGAACUCGGAAUCAUGGCCAACAUACCUUGCGUCAUCGCUUGCGGUCGCGACGAUUGUAUUCAGCGCUCUAGUAAUGGCACGACGCUAUGUGGCGCGCGUAUGGCUAACUCAGACGGUUCUCUUACUUAUCACGUUCGUCUUCACACCGCUCCUCAUCAUUCUUUUCUUUGUCGGUGGACGCAACUUCAUGUUGCCGCAACCUACUGGAGUCCACGCCAUGGACAAGUAUGCGUGUUGCGGUCAGGGGCUUGUGUUUCCCAGGUCAACUGUAACGCAAGAUCUGCUACCGUGGUUUCAGAAAAACAGAUGGUCGAUGAUAUCAACGGACAGUUUCAUCGAAGAAUACGCAGAUAUGACGGGUGCUCUUCGGUGGGCACUGACUCCGGUAGUUAUGCAGCACGUUGGUGGGCAAAGCAGUCAUAAUGGGCGAAGGGGAGACACCUUUGAACCAAGUCGCCUAUGGAACUAUGGGUUUGAGGGGAACGAUGCAGCUCAAUUGGCAGGGGAACAUGCACAAGCACAAUAUCAGUUGAUAGAGGAUCUAGACGUACAAUCUACAACAUAGC